CUGCGGACAUGGGGACGUUCGGAGCAUUGAGUGAUGAGGAGGAAGGAGAGAUCGUCGAAGAUGAACAGACGAAGCUCGAGGCCAAAGCAGCAGUGGCAGGUCUAGCGCCACUUGGUACGGCAGCUCCACCUGCGGACAACCCUCCGUCCACGAAAUCGAAUCCUCCAGACAACAGAUCUAACGACCACAAGCGUGCCGCACCGGAAACUCCAUCGCACGGAGGUGAUACAAAGCGCCGUCGAGUGGACAGCAACAAGCCGCCGUCCGCAGACGCUGCAGACAAGAAUACACACGACACACUCUCGAUGGCUGAGCGCAAAGCACAGCUGUCCAUACUACUUCGGGAGCCGUUCCAAGUCCGAACCAGUCGUGUACUGCUGAAUUUCAAUUGCUGGUUUGACUCCGUGCUGAGGUAUACAUGGGUGCCUCGCAUCAGCGCGGACGACUUGCAGUCGAUCCUGCUCCACUUCACCGACCCUGUCCAGUACUCGAACUCGAAAUACCUCGAAGACUGGGACGACGAGUGUCGCCCUGCAAAGCUGUGCUUUGUACUCGCCAAGGGGUUUCAUCCCGACGUGCUGUCGAAGGCCAUGACCGCCAAGGACUCGCCGCUGACGUUCUUCACAUCGUGCAGUUCGAUGCCGCUGGCGUUGUCAACGACUGCAGCCAUGGAAAGCAAUGCCAAGAUCAAGGAGAUGCCGCUGCCUCGUCUGCUUUCCCGAUUUCCAUCUCCCCUCAUCGACCUCGAAAUGCUUGGCUCGGACGAUUUAUUUGGGGCUAAAGUGGAGCUCACGAUGUUGGCGAUCUUCACAACGGACCCGCCUCCACCGUCAACUUUGUCGGCGACGGCUCCACCGCCGUCGAAGGGUGGAUGGACUGACGAGCUUUUGUUUCAUCCGGCAGGGACGUUUUUUCGCAAAACGACCAACCAAACCGGCGACUGGCGCCUCGACGGCGACCUCCUCCAUCUCUCGUGGAAAGUAGCGCAGUCGUCCGAAAAGGACAACGCCAACGUGACGGCCAUCGAUGUGCUUCAAGCGGACGACGACUCGCUCCGACGCUUUCGCACGAGCGACCACCUCGACGCCACGUACGCUCCGACCGCCCCAACGGCGAAACCCCGCCCCAAGCGCCAGCUGCGCCUGACGCUGCUUCGCGCGGCGGCCAUUGGGCCGUCGGUCUCCGCUUCUACACGUUUCCCCAAACUCCCCACGGACAACGAUCGUCCAGACUCGCUCCCGCCGGUGUCGUACUACCUCUUGUCGUACGCGGACCGCCUCGCACAUCAGUACCCCGUGGACAUCGCCGCUGAACAAAGCGCCCUGGCCAAGAAGACGAAUGGCCAGUCCACCGACGUGUUUGUGACGACGACGGAUCUGCCAUCGCUCCCCGAACCCAACGUCCUCGCCGUCGAUUGCGAAAUGUGCGAGACUGUCCUCGGGUCCGAACUCACCCGUGUGACGCUAGUCAAUGCCGACGGCGCCGUCGUGUACGACCAACUCGUCAAGCCGCGCCACACGAUUGUCAACUACCACACGGCUUUUAGCGGGAUCACGGCCGAGAUGCUGGACGCGGUCGACGUGACGCUCGCGGACGUGCAACAGUCGCUCCUCGGCACGUUGCUGUACGCUAACACGGUCCUUGUCGGCCAUUCCAUCGACUCGGACCUGCGGGCGCUACGAAUCGUUCACCCGCAUCUCAUUGACACGGCUCUGCUGUACCCCCAUCCGCGAGGCUUUCCGUUCAAGCCGUCGCUGAAAAUGCUCGCGGCGACGUUCCUGAACCAGUCGAUUCAGUCGGCUGACAUGGCGGGUCACGACUCAUGUCAGGAUGCGGUCGCGGCCCUUGAGUUGUUCCAGAUGAAAGUCGCGAACGGCCCGACGUUUGGAUUUCCACCGACGCCGCCCGAGUCGGCGGCGUACAUGACGUUGGUGGACAAGUGCCACCAGAGUCGGUUGGGGGUGUACACGGCGCGGCCGUCCGCGGACAAGGAAAGCGAAGUCAAGCCGUGGAGCUUGUUCUCCAGUGGCGAGUGGGCCGAUCUCGUCGCCAGCACGCAUUUGCACAACCAGCCGAGAGAUGAUGGCACAACCAAAGUCGACCAAGGCGGCAGCAACGCGCCAAGCAACUGCUUCGUUGCCCCGGUCGUAGCGUCGCUGGUGCAAGUCGCCGACCAAUUGCAAACGCACGGAGCAUCCCAGGACGUGAUGUGGAUUGAAGUGGACGCCGCGCGGACUGACCCUGCCGUCUACAUGGCGACUCCGCACGUGUGGAAGCAGGACCAACACGCCCAAAUCGUCGCCCUCAACGACGAGUUGACCGCCGUCCAUGCUGCGCUGCCGCCCAACACCCUCCAGAUUGUCGUGCCGCAGGCCGCGUUGAACCUGUUUCGACACUUGCGCGGCGUGCGGCUCAAAACCAAGUGGGGCGAUGGAUGGGACAGCCAGUGGACUGACCGCGACCUCAAGAGCCUGCAGUACGCGCUCAGUGGGGCGCUCGACAGCGUCGUGUUCCUCAAGCACAAAAAGCCAUAACGACCAACGGAUUGUCCAUAAUGCGUUGAUUAAUCCGAGUCUUCGUCGACGGUGCGUCGGCGCUUGGACGCCGACGUGUGCGGAA